AAUGAGUCAUUUGUAAUUUCACAGUCUGAAUUCGUUUAUACUUACACAUGCAUGGUUUAAUCUUUAAGACAAGCAUAUGACUACUGGAAGGAUCAACCAUUUAGCAGUCAUAAAUCACGGCAAGAACAUGUUGUAUUCCCGCAAACACAAGAAAAGUGGGAACAAACGAGGACUUGACCGUCAUCUUUUGUCUGGAGACAAACGUGCUUAGCAAGACAUAAUUUCUUCAAGUCACCGCAAUAACCUUUCUGCAGCUGAGAUCUCAGUAAAUAGGUUAUUCACCUUUGCGGACGAUGCAUAAUUUCUUAUGUGUUCACGACUUCCCCCACUGAAGGAUAUGCCGCAAACAACAUUUUAAGCAAAGCUUAACAAUUCCUUCUAGAUGGGUACACAACACAUGCCCCUAAUCAGUUCAACAAGCAUAACUAUGCUAGUGAAGAAACUUAGAAGGAUAAUUGGUCUGUAAUUGGGUGCGGGAGCACAAAACAUACAAACACCAGCUAUCCAAUCACCACUCAUAUGCUGCACGUUCAAUUUCCCCACUAACAUCAAUCUUUCCAACCACUCUCGAGAUGUAAUCAAAAGAGCAGUUGGAAGAGGGAUGAAACCAGGACAUGUCCACAUAAGCGCAAAAUUUUGAUGUUAGGAGCAAAAUGAUCCGCCAGAAAAUUCGCCAGAAAAGUCACCGGAGACAGUCCGGCCAUCGGACCUCAACCCAACCAUCGUGCUGCACCAAGCACUCGGACUACCCAUUCCGACACCCACCCUCAGCGUAGGCACAUAAGAAUGCUUACCCCUCAUUAGUAUUGCUAUCCAUGUUUCCAAACAAUACCAAAAUGUACUUCAGUUUUAAUAAUAUAGAUAACAUAACGGUAAAAUAUUAAUCAAUAAUUGUCCAAGAAAUUGGAGAAGCAAAACAACGUUUACCAAAAAUAUUCUAAGAAAUUUAUAUAGAUUUUCUAAGAUUUUUAUCUAAUAAAAUUUUUCUGUAUAUUUUCUCAAGAAUAUAAAUAUACGGUUUAAAAAUUAAAUAAAUUAAAGAUGCAGUUAUAAUUUCUAUUAGAUAACAUUUUGUAAAUAAAAAUAAUCAUGUAUCAUGAAAUCGCAGAUCAAAAUCUAGUUAAUAUAUAAGAACAAGUUGUUUCUUGAUUUCCAAAUCUUCCAUAGCAACCAUAAUUUAUGGAGACGAUCAUUCAAUGUAAAUAAUUCAUUGCUGGAUGCAUUGAUGAGGCUCCAUAAGUUUGUUUCAAGCUGAAGGCUGAAAUAGGGAGAUGCUGGGCAGAUUAAUGGACAAUCUCCAUAUGCAUACCCCAUGUGUUUAGUCUUGUAGUAGUUCCAAUUGCAUUUGAAACUAUUCUACACAGAAAAUGCUUGAGCUUUGGCUAAAUUGGUAGUUUCCAACUUUUAGAUUUCGAAUGAGUGAGCAGGUCGAAGAAGUGUUGUUGGUAUCCAAUUUUCGUUGUAAACAUCAGUGUGUUCCCCAUCACGGAUAUUGUGAUUGUUUCCCUUUUGAAGGAGUUCCACUCCCAAAGUAUAGAAAACCAACCAAAUCGAUUGUUCUUAUUGUUGCUAUAUUGCAUCCAAGACUGAGCUAUUUCUCUAGUACUUUGCCUUAAAUAUAAUCUUGCAGAUAAGGUAUUAAGAUGUUUCAAAAAUCUACAAUCAUUAUUUACUUUACCAUAAACUUAAUGAUUAAUUUAGAGAAAUUUUCUAAGAUAGCAUUAAAAAAAAUCUUUUUAUAAGCAUUCAAGGAUCAAAAUAAUCUAAAUAAAUUUUACUAAAGAAGUAAAAAAAUUUAUAUUUCUAAGUUAACUAAUCUAAACUCUCAGUUUAGAUUUGAAAGAUGGAGUUCUGGAGAGAAGAAGUUUAAAAUUAAAAAAAAAAUUAAUACUUAAAAUUUAAAAUAAUAAUUUUAAAAAUAGUUUCAAAAAGAAUUUUUAGAUUUCAAAAAUAAAAGAUUGAAAAAGGUUUUCAAAAAGGUAAAAAAAAAUUCAAAUUGUAAAACAUAUUUUUCGAAAAUAAAAAAUCAUAUUUCUUUAUUUUAUUAUUUAUUUAUAUAUAUUCAUGUAUUUAUAACUACCAGAAUAAAAUAAUCGUUUACAUAUUUAAUAAAGUAUAUUAUGAUCAUUUUUCUUUUUGGGUGCUCUAUUGGUAAAAAAAAAUCAUAUUUUAUGGGUUUUUUGAGAAAUUUGCUUUUUAAUAUAUUUUGUAAUACAUUAUGCAUUAUAUGUUUUAAAUUUUUAAUUGAUAAUUGGUUUCUUCAGUAACUUUGGUAGUUAGUAACGCAGCUCAUGUUCCACGUUUCGGAUCCAUGAAAAGACACGACGGUCAUGGUUCACAUUUUUUUUUUUUUGAAGAAGGGUUUUAUGGUUCACAUAAUUGCAAAACCUUAUCAUUAGGAGUUUUCUAAUCCGUAAAACUGGACUCAACCAUUAUAAAACCCAAUCAAACGUAAAAUAACAAAAGUUACAAUUCAGGUUCGAGAGUAAAGUCCUUAUCUUUGUUUUUGUUUAGAAUCUCCACAAAAAUGGCGCUCCUACAACAACAAGAAACACUUUCUCUAGCAAAGAAUCAAGAACCAUCUCAAGAUUUCAUUUUCCGAUCCAAACUUCCUGAUAUCUCCAUCCCUAACCACCUUCCUCUCACCGAUUACCUCUUCCAGAAAUUCUCCGGCGACGGAGGCGGCGAUUCCACCGCCACAUGUCUCAUCGACGGUGCCACAGGACGUAUUUUCACCUACGCCGAUGUUCAAAUCACUUUAAGGAGUAUCGCUGCAGGACUCUACCGGCUCGGGAUCCGCCAUGGUGACACUGUCAUGCUCCUUCUCCCAAACUCGCCGGAGUUUUCUCUAUCUUUCCUCGCUGCAGCUUACCUCGGGGCCAUAUCUACGCCCGCGAAUCCGUUAUUCACCCAACCGGAGAUCGCAAAACAGGCACAAGCCUCCGGCGCGAAGAUGAUCAUUACAAAGCCAUGUUACGUCGAUAAGCUAAAAAACCUUGAAAACGUUUUGAUUGUUUGCGUACCCGACGACGUUCCGUUACCUGACGGUUGCGUAAGUUUCACGGAACUGACGCAAGCUGACGAGACAGAGCUUCCUAAACCGGAGAUCUCGCCGGAGGAUACGGUGUUAAUGCCGUACUCCUCCGGGACCACGGGACUUCCAAAGGGAGUUAUGAUUACUCACAAGGGAGUAGUUACGAGUACUGCUCAGAAAGUCGACGGAGAAAACCCUCAUCUCAACUUCACCGGAGAUGACGUCAUCAUAUGUUUUCUCCCAAUGUUCCACACUUACGCGCACAACUCCCUGAUGCUUUCGGCGAUGAGGGCCGGUGCGGCGUUCUUGAUUCUGCCUAGGUUCGAGUUGAAUAUGGUGAUGGAGAUGAUUCACAAGUAUAAGGUCACAGUGGUUCCGAUGGCCCCACCGGUGGUUCUAGCGUUCGUUAAGUCUCCGGAUACGGAGAGGUACGACCUGAGUUCGGUGAGGAUGAUGUUUUCAGGCUCAGGUGCAUUGACGAAGGAGCUUGAAGACGCAGUGCGUCUUAAGCUUCCCAAUGCCAUAUUUGGUCAGAGUUAUGGAAUGACUGAAAUGGGAACAGUGGCUAAGUCGUUGGCAUUUGCAAAGAACCCGUUUAAAAUCAAGUCUGGUUCGUGUGGGACUGUGAUCAGGAACGCCGAGAUGAAAGUGGUCGAUACCAUUACUGGAGUCUCCUUACCACACAACAAGCCAGGCGAAAUUUGCAUCCGAGGCGAUCAACUUAUGAAGGGUUAUUUGAAUGAUCCGCAAGCUACUGCACAAACCAUAGAUAAAGACGGGUGGCUACACACAGGAGAUAUUGGGUUUGUGGAUGACAAUGAUGAGAUCUUCAUUGUUGAUCGUUUGAAGGAACUAAUCAAAUUCAAAGGCUAUCAAGUGGCUCCAGCUGAGCUUGAAGCAUUGCUUAUUUCUCAUCCUUUUAUUGAGGAUGUUGCUGUUGUCGCAAUGAAGGAUGAAAUAGCUGGUGAGGUUCCGGUAGUGUUUGUGGUUAGAUCAGAAGGGUCACAGCUAACUGAAGAUGAUGUCAUGAGUUAUAUCAACAAACAGGUGGUUCACUACAAGCGAAUUAAGAUGGUGUUCUUCACUGACUGCAUUCCUAAAGCUCCAUCCGGGAAAAUAUUGAGGAAAGAUCUAAGGGCAAGAUUAGCUAAUGGAUUGAUGAACAAAAGUUAAAUAAUCUUAUCUGAUACAAAAACAAAGAAUGUGUUCAUGAACAAAUAAAUAAGGGUUCUUUCAAGUUUUAUUUCUUUAAAUUUAGUGGAAAUAUGACCGUUAGAACUAUUGAACAAAGGAACAAAAUAUCAUUUACCAAAAGGAAUAAGCAUCGUGAACAAAAGACUUGACUGUCAAUGGCUAG